UUAGAUGAGUACUCGUGUAGAGUAUGGAGGAAUCGGGAGGGAGAGGAGCAGCGGUGCGGAGCGACGGCGCGCGGGCGGGGUCCUGUCGGCGCCGCGCCGCGCGCCGCCCGGCCCGCAGUCCGCGCGAGCAGCCGCCGUCGGCCCGUCGUCUGCCGCCGCAGCCCGAGCCGCAUCGUGACACACGCGAUCCGAACCUUUGUUUAUUGUCAAACGCGCGCUCGAGCUACAGCUGUUCCUAACAUUACCUAGUUACGUCAACCUAUGAACUUCUUUCGGAGCGACAUUGUAAGGUGAUUUGAGUUAGCAGUGCAAAGGGAUCUGUGUUUCCAGACGUGUAUUUACGGUGUGUAGAUGGGGCGCUCGGCAGGCCCCUGAAGCGGUCGGUGCGGUGCGCGCGCCUCGGCGGCGAGCGGCUCGACCAUGGCGGCUACGGCCCGCCGCGAAAUCGACACCGGGGAGGAGGAUAUCGCAGCUAUCGCAAAACAGAUUUCAGACCACGCCGAGGCCAUAUACCAAACCUGGAAAGCGCGAGGUCUCGCGCCCACUGAAAUAUUGUCAUGCAGGCCCACGCCUGGACUUAAGCUUACAGAUAGCAUUAGAACUAAGCCUAGAACUGAACCUAAACCUGAAAUCAAGCAGCGGCCCGAACUUAGACGUGACCGGCCAGAGGCGACUAGACCUGACGGUCGGAGAGAGCAGCGGCCGGAUCCCUAUAUUGAACAGAGAUCUGAACCGGAGGAUGAGACCAUAGAAGUAACCUUACCUCCGGACUUGGUGCCGGAACGUAACGGGACCUGCGGUGUGGGUGCUGGCGCCCGGCGUGCUGACCCGGCCGCCAUGCGACUGGAGGUGGCGCGCGAGGAAGAGCGUUUGCUGCGCGCUUUACGCACCGGCGGCGUCGUGGCGGAGCGCUCGGCUGAGCGGCCUGACGUGGUGCCACCCGUGUCCCUGGUUGACUAUGCGAAAAGUCGCUACCAGGACCGUCUAGAGACCGGCGCCCGCAAGCCGGCGGCCGGGGCGAGCGGCGAGCGGCGCGCGUCGCUGGGCUCGCACGUGACCGAGGCGCGCUCGAAGUUUGAAGCACGAGCGCGGCGCGCGUCGAGCGCCGGUGCUGGCGAGCCGGCCUCGGCUGCAGGAGGCGCGACGCCCGUGCGCCCCUUCCUGACGCGAGGCUCUGUGGCCGAACGAGUGCUUAUGUUUGAACGCUGUCCCAGCGAAGCCACCUUAGAAUUAGCCAAGAGAAAAUCACCGGCAGCUACUACAUGGCGAGGACCCCACGAUGUCAUCAACAGAGCACAGAGUUAUGCAGCAUCGACGCCUCCGAAGGCGUCAUCGGCGCCGCCGCACACGACGCUGCAGCGGUCGGUGCGCGCGGCGGCGGCGAGCAGCGGCCCGGGCGCGCGCGUCAUCCCGCGGUUCCACUUCCCCAAAGGCCGGCCGCCGCCUGCGCAUCAGCAGGACCACGCCAUACACAAAGUGCAGUCCGCCUUCGCUACCUUUCCUAAUAGCCAGGUUCCACGAGAUAGCUUCAAGCACAUAGUCAAAGCUUGCGAAUGUCCGCUCUACUGGAAGAUGCCCCUCUUCCUGACCACACAGCAGAGUCUGCAUGCAACUGUCGACGGUCACAAAUUCAUCAACUUUUGGAGAGAGAUGACGUCGCAGUGCCACGACCUGGCGUCGCGGUUCGUGUACAUCCUGACGCGCGGCAAGAGCAACGUGCUGGCGCCCGAGGACUUCGUGCCGCUGGUGCAGGACGUCGUGGACACGCACCCCGGCCUCUCCUUCCUCAAGGAGGCCACGGAGUUCCACUCCAGAUACGUACAUACUGUGAUCGCUAGGAUAUUUUAUUGCGUAAAUCGAUCGUGGUCCGGCAAAAUAACAAUCGCCGAAUUGAAACGAUCUAAUUUACUUCAAGUCAUUCAUUUACUAGAAGAGGAGGAAGAUAUUAAUCAAGUUACUCAAUAUUUUAGUUACGAGCAUUUCUACGUAAUUUAUUGCAAGUUUUGGGAGUUGGACCGAGAUCACGAUCUUUUCAUAGACAAACACGACUUGGCCAGGCACAACGACCACGCGCUGUCAAGUCGUAUGAUCGAGCGGGUCCUGUCGGGCUGCGUGACGCGCGGCAGCCAGAACCGCGUGACGCCCGACGGCGAGCCGCGCAUGUCCUACACCGAGUUCGUGUGGUUCCUGCUCGCCGAGGAGGACAAGACGCACCCCACCGCCAUCGAGUACUGGUUCAGGUGCAUGGACAUGGACGGCGACGGGUACCUCUCCAUGUACGAGCUGGAGUACUUCUACGAGGAGCAGAUGCAGCGCAUGGAAGCCAUCGGGAUUGAGACGCUGCCCUUCAACGACUGCUUGUGCCAGAUGCUCGAUAUGGUGCACCCGACUGUGGAGGGAAAAAUUACAUUGUCAGAUCUAAAGAGGUGUAAGCUGACGCCAAUAUUCUUCGACACAUUCUUCAACCUGGAGAAAUACCUGGACCACGAGCAGCGCGACCCGUUCGCGACGCAACGCGACGCAGACUCCGAGAUGUCCGAGUGGGAUAGAUUCGCUGCGGAGGAGUACGAACUAUUGGUUGCAGAAGAAGGCGGCAGUGAUGCUCAGGAUCAAAUCUCAUACGAUGAGACGGAUGAAGACUGUUUAUCGCCUAAUCUAGAAGAGUUGAGUAACACGGAGGCGGUGGAGGAGUCGAGCGUGGAGGAGCUGACGGCGAGCGAGCCGGGCGGCGCGGGUGCGGGCGCGGCGGCGAGCAACUCGCGCGCGCGCCAGCCCGCCGCGCCCGGGUACGUCAACCUCAGCUCCAUAUACACUAUCGGCGCGGCCGACCGGUGGCCGAACCAACCCACACCCAAAGAUGGUAUUUCCGAGAGACACCUUCCAGAAAAACCUGUUCCCCCUGAAAAACCAGUAAGCUUAAUGAUGGUAAACGGAAAAACGGACAACAGGUACGCCGGAUUUGGCGGCAACAACAGUUUUCUCUACUCGCACUUACUAGGAGGCUCGAGCGGAGCGCGCGCGAAAGACCCGCCGCCGUACAGCGCUGCCACAGGGGGAGCGCUGUUCGAUAAGGCGGGUACAGCGAAGGCCGCCGCUUCCCCGAGCAAGGGCGGCAACAAGGCGACGAGCCCCGUGAACGGCGUCAACAAAAUAUCGGACAACUACGAGCGCGCGGUGGCGGAGCGACUCAGCCCGCACCGUGAGCCGGGCCGCCUCAACCGCAGCGCGCUGUUCAGCCAGGUGAACACGGGCGUGGUGGCGGGCUCGGUGCGGCGCGGCGCGCGCGCGCCCGACGACGACGACGACGACUACGCGAGGGACAGUGACGAGUGUUCUAUUUAAUCCGACGGGCACCGCCUCUAGGUAGUUAACGGUCGUUCAUAUUUAUUACCAAUUACUGCCUACAGUGAACACCAAAGAUCGCGUAAACAAAUUACAAUGUGAAAUACGUUAAAACGGUACUAAUAGUUCUAAAUUCCGGUAAAUGUUCUCGUGUUCAGAUGAACUCUCUCUCUCCUCUCUUAAUCUUGGAGUCAGUCGUUUUUACUACGGAUUAGAAGAGACUGCGCUUCAUCUCAGCUGCGUACACCAAGUGAGUGGUCGGCACAGGACGGAGACGGACCGAGGCCAGCUGCGCCUGCGAGGCGCGCUCUAGGGACAGUAGCAACUACGCAACAGAACUGUGCAAUUAACUUUUUAGUAUAUUACCUAAUCGUAUCUUAAAAGCAUGUAAAACUCAUGCUGAAAAUAAUAUCGUAUAGACUAGUUUCCGCAUUUUAUUAAUGUUAUUUAGAUAGAGUUGUCAUAUACAUAUAUAAUUUAGCAACUUACCUACACUUUGCCAGUGUUUCUUUAACUAACUUAAUAAGAUAUUUAUAUAUUAUUUAAUCUACGUCUCAAACUAAGCAUAUCAAAUUAUUUUAAUGGUUUUCAU